AUGACAGAACCGGCAAUACUCCCAUAUGGGGGUUUAAUGACGAAGACAUUGGAGGAUGAGAAGGAGAGGGAAGCCAAAUUGGAAUCACAAUCCGUGGAAGUAAAAGUAAACGGUGAGAUGGAAACCAUCAGACCUGAAGCCUUAAGAGUUCGUGGUGUGGACAGUCUUUCUACUGACGAUAUCAAGGCGUUUGUAGAUUACUACUUAAAUUACACUGCUGAAGAACACGAACUGGAAGACGGUGAUAAGAAGACUGAGUUUGUUCCUCAUCCGGUAAAUGAGCAACUCACUUUCAAGAUCGAGUGGAUUAACGAUACUGCGAUCAAUAUAGCCUUUGCUACUCAUGAGGAUGCAUUCAUUGCACUCUCAAAACUCUCCAUAAUAGGCUCCAACCCAUCUAUUGCUGACAACUCCGAGGCCUUACAGCCGCAGUUGGACAAUCCUCUCUACUUGAGUGAUAUUGUACAAGAAAGAGAAACGAAGCCAUACAACCCAACCAUUCCAUUCAAGAACCUGCGUGAUUUGUCCAAGAGGUUAGAUAUUGGCUCCAGUGUGAUUCCAGAUGAAAACAGCGAAUCAAUUAUGGUCGAAAAUAACGAAAUGGAUGAAGACGAAUCAUCUGUAGUGCUAUACAUUAGACAAUCGUUCAAACUGGACAGAAAGGUUAAGAAUGCAAAGAUCUAUUCGCGUUACUACUUACUACAUGGCGAGCCUGAGAGACGUCCCUAUACAAAACAUAGAAAUAACCAAAGGCAAGGCGGUCAUAGCCGUGGAGGACGUAGAUCCAGAUCUAGAAACGAUAGCCAGCCAGAAGAAGAAGAAGAAGACUUGUUUGCUGAUAGAUUGAAAUCACGAAAUGCUGUCAACGACGAUGACGAAGAUCUCUUUUCCGACAGAUUGAGAAACAGAGACAGAUCCAGAUCGCCUGAUAGAAUGGACGAUGGAGAGUACAACUACAGAGACCGAUAA